GCUGUAUGAUAUUGUAGCUAUGUAUGUAGUAACUACGUAGCGAGACGACGCACAAAAAAGGAAAAAAGGAAAGAAGACGCUUGGUGUGUAGACAGUGAGAGUGACAGGUGUAGUGUUUUGUGACAUGGAGACCCAUGCUGCGCCGUGCCAGGUAUCCGUGAUGUCAUUUGGCAACAGGGGCAGCUGGUGGCAGUGUGUGAAGGUGGAAAUUGGGCGAUCAGCAAUCAGCAAUAAUAAUCUCGGCGAGAUGGGCGGUCGAGGGGGAGGUUUUUCGAGAGGGCGCGCGGGCAGUGCGAUGGCGUGUCAAUUCUUCAUGGCUCCGGGGGCGGAACGACGCACUGUUUACCCCCCGGCUGCGCCUUGGCUCAAGCGGUCAAUGUGGGCACCUCUCGCUGCCCCUCAGCACCACCAACUUCCUGCACGCAACAACACCUCACCCUUUACCCUCUCCACCCGCCGCCCCAUCCACGCCCGGCUCCUGCAGCGCAUUCGCAGCAGUUUCUCACUCGCAGUAAGUCGCUUGCAUCGUGGCAACCUGGCCCCGCGCCUUCCUUCUCCCGCGACCGGUUGCUGCCUUUGACGCGCUGACGACGCUGACGGUUUUGCCUCGACUGAUAGCAUACCAACGCCCUCGACCUCGAGCCCUAUCCGCUCCCAACUACCCCCCCACAUCAUUCACAAUGGUAAGUCGCCAUCUCCGCCCGUCUGCUGCUGCCCGCGUGCUCACUCGACU